UUUGAUUCCUUAUAAUAUAAAUGUACAUAUAGCUUUAUAGCAAAAGUUUUUUCCAAAAUUUUACCUUGUUCCUCCCUUGAAAAGGACCUAUUAAUUUUAGUAGCAACUGGCAACCCUAGUCUGAACAGUCAAAGUCAAUCAGCCGUGUUCCGAAAUAAUAACAAAAUUCCAUCGCAGUAAUUUCUCAAAAUAUUUCAUCAAAAUGGAUGAUAAAUACGAAACUAUUAAACUAUCUUAUACCAUACAUAAAUACUCGAGUUAUUCGGCCAGCUAUGUACCAGAGAAUAUAAUGGUGAAUAAACCUUCAGACCAGCUUUCAAGAUGGUUCACAGACAGCUCCACUUCGUCGCAGUUCAUCGUGUUGAGACUCAAAGGCCCCUCUAUCGUGGAAACGAUAAAAUUUGGCAAAUACACAAAGCCACAUGUCAGUGAUCUGAAAAAAUUUCAAAUUCUUGGCGGCACAGAUGAAAACAACUUGUCUCUAUUGUUAUCUUCGGGUCUGAACAAGGACAGUGCUCCAGAAACUUUCAGACUUCGACACAAAACACAGGAGGGACUGUUUUUGCCAGUAACUUACAUCAAAAUAGUGCCACUGCAGUCGUGGGGCCCAGCGUACAACUACACCAUCUGGUACGUGGAAUUGCACGGGAAGAACCACAGGGAACUCAUCGCAAAGACUAUGGAGACUAUUAACUUGCGCAAAGAAGAAGAAGCAGUGCGCAUACUGCUAAAACAUCUUCGACGGCGACGGUACAGAGAUGCAUUUGAAGCGCUCUCGCGGGAGAGCGGCGUGCAGCUGGAGGGCGCCACGCAGGGCAAGCUCUGGAACGCGCUCGUCGAGAAUGGAGACUUCAAACUUGCCGAGCAAAUAUUCGAACAGGCUGUUAAUGAUGGUGAGCUGGAAUGGUACAUGUCAUGGCAGCCGUACCGUCCGGAGUGGCGGCAGAUGUCGCCGUGCUCGGCCAACGUGGAGGAGCGGCUGUGCGGCGGCGACAUCGUGCCGCAGCGCAUGCGCGCGCCCCCGCUCGACCUGCUCUGCGCAGACCGGGAGCAAAACGAUGGCAACGCAGCGGAAAUGGUGGACCUGUGCGACAUCACGUGCACCGCCAACUCAUGCUGCAACAAGCCCGGCCCUCGCGGCGGACACCAGCUCGUCGUAGACUCCAGCACCGGCAUACUGUACCUGUUCGGCGGGUGGAACGGCACGGAGGACCUGGACGAUCUGUGGUCGUACUGCACCACCACGGAGCGCUGGAAGCUGCUCUGCCGCCACAGCAGUCUCGUCAACGGGCCCACGCCGCGCUCCUGCCACAAGAUGGUGUUCGACCCGGUCCACCGCCGCCUCUACACGCUGGGCAGGUACCUCGACAACGCGCAGCGGAUACCCGGCAAGAUGAAUGUGAGUUGCGAGCUGCACGCGUACUCGGUGGACAGCGGCGAGUGGAGCGUGGUGUGCGGCGACACGGCGGGCGCGGGCGGCCCGCGGCUCGUGUUCGACCACCAGAUGUGCAUCGACCCCGACACGCGCACGCUCUACGUGUUCGGCGGACGCGUCAUGCCGGCCAACUCUGACGAGGUGGCGACCGUGCAGUACUCGGGGCUGUACGCGUACUACAUCGCGACGCACACGUGGCAGCAGCUGCUCCCCGACAAACACUCGCUGCCGGCGCCGCAGCCGCGCGUCUCUCACUCCAUGCUCUUCCACCCGGUGCAGCGUCGGCUGUACAUAUUCGCGGGGCAGCGCAACCGCGAGCACCUGCUGGACCUGUGGUGGUGGGACGUGAACACGGGCGAGACGCAGCCGCUGUGCCAGGCGUCCGCCGCCGCGCCGCCGCCCGCCGACGGGUUCACGCAACGCGCCACGCUCGACCCCGACACUGAUGAAAUGUUCGUGCUCUCGGGCAUGAGCAAGGAGAAGGACAAGCGCGUGUACAACACACUGUGGGCGUUCUCGCUGCGGCGGUUGUCGUGGACGUGCGUGUACCGCAACGACAGCGUGGCGCCGCGGGACCCGCGCCCACGGUUCGCGCACCAGCUCGUGUACGACCCUGUCAAGAAGAUCCACUACCUAUUCGGCGGUAACCCGGGCAUCUCGAGCCAGCCCCGGCUGCGGCUGGACGACCUGUGGUCGCUGCGGCUGACGCGCACGCCGGCGCCGCGCGUGCUGCAGGACGCGCGCGUGGCGCUGCGCGAGGCGUGCUACCGCGAGCUCGCCUCCACGCCGCGCCAGCCCGCCACCGCCGCCGCCGCGCUGCACUACCUCAGGAACGAACUCGCUGCCGUGUUGGACCACUCCGAUCCUGAACAGGCGCGUCGGUUCCAGAAACUGGCGACGGCACUGUUUGCGGGCCGCUCGACGGAGUACAACGUGCCCGCGCUGACGUCACGCCGCACACGUGCGCUGGCGCGGCGCCGCGCCCGGCCCCCCGCACCCGCUGACCCCGCCAUCGCACUCGCGCAAGUACUAGGCGCAGAAGACAACAUAAUAGAGCCCAUACAGCCAUACGAGGACUUGUUAGAGCCGGCGCCGGACACGUGGGAUGUCGCCGACGACGACGACGACGCCGCGCCCGACGCCGACUGGGACGCGCGGCAGGCCCGCGUCAACCUCUUCGAUAAACUUUGCACCUUCUUCCGACCCACACAAGUACCUCCCCGCGCAGACAUCAUGGACCUCGUCGUACUGUAAGCUGCACACACACUUCCUCUAGUUUGUGACGAAAAAUCAAUCAGCUAUGAAACUGCAAGCUAAUUUUAGAUAAGAACGUUUCGAUAAAAUUUCAAUCUCCAUUAUACAUUUUUUAUUGAAAUGUGCAACAGUAGAUUUAGGGCGUCUUCAAAUUACCCGCGCGGCUGCAGGACGGCAGGAGCGCUGAGAUCGCACGUUGAGGUGAACUCAUAUAAAAAAUACACCCGCGACAUUUAGCUGUAAAUUUAAGGAACUCUUACAUAUUUCCCUUUAGCGUCGCUAGUGUGGCAAUUCUUGUGGAUUUAUAAAGCAGCGCGCAGCCGCCGCACGGCUAGUUUAAAAGCGCCCUUAAUCUAACAUUACUAAAAUAUUUUUUCGAUUUAAGAACUUCGUCCCUUUUUAAACAGUAUCACGCUACCAUAGUUCUGAUAGAACCGUACACCUAAAAUUCACUGCCAUUGACUUAACAUAUUGUAAUAUCGACACUCUCUUAUCAAAUUGGCAUUAACAUUACUGACGUUUUUUAUAAUAUUAAGAUUUGUAUCUAUUAUUUAUACCAUGAUAGCACUUAUAUUGUCAAAUUUAAUUGAUAUUUAUAAAAAUAAUGCAAGUUCCAAUAAAAGAAAAAUACCUGACAUGUGUAAUAUAUAAUACGGCUUGUCCAAUCAUGAGUAGUUUACGUUUUCUUAUUGGUAAAUGUUUUAAAUGUAAGACUCUUUAAUUCUUCCUCUGAAAAGAUUUUCACGAUGUAAGGAUGAAAAUGCUUUUCCUAAUAUAUCCUUAGUUUCAAAGUACACAAAGUAUUUACUUUGAAAUUAGAAUUUUAAAGCAGACAGUUGUAUUUUAUAUAAUCUACGAUAUUUUGCAAUUUUCAAAUUAACAACAAUAAUUAUAAAUAUUAAUUCGAUAAAAUUAUGAUUUUUAAGGAAAUUUACAAUUCGCAAAUAUUUAUUCGUAAGUCAUCACAGUGGAAUAUAAUUAGUAUGAAUGAUUUCAAAUUUUGUGUUAAAUUAUGAAAAUGUGAACCUAAAACUUCGCUGUAAUUUAAUCAUUCAAUAUACAAGUCAUUAGUAUGUAGUGUUAAAACAUGAUGAGACGAUGGAAAUGUUACUUUUAUGUUAUACAAGUGUCCCAGUAGUCUUUGUUUUUUUUUUAUUUUAAUGCUUUUGGGCACUUAUGUAUUGAACUUUUGUAAUUAAUUUAUCACACUACGUUUUUAUUUACAGACUGUGAUAAAAAAGCCAUAUAUUCGAUAGAUUUAAUUUGUAAUUCUUCGGGAAUAUUCCUCACUUGGUUUACCACCGCUUUCAAUAAAUGAUCCCAAUCUCAGUCUUCAAUCCGAUUCCAAAAAAAUCUUUAUUCUGUUUCGUAAAUUUUUGUGAGAUCGAAGAAAGCGAUUGAGAGCCUUUUUUUGAAAUUAGCGGUUAGCCGUUGCGGUACGAGUGACGCGACAAUACUCUUCGGAUUUGGAAUUCCAAUCCAAGUAUUCUGGAUAUUUCACAGUCCUAUUAUAUUAAUCCAAAAAGAGGCUAAGGAAUUUAUAAGAAAUAACUUUAAGUUACGACUUUGUCUCGGUCUCUUCACUAACGUGGCUGCAAAAUGCCAGUCAUUAUAAAUCUGUUAUGAAUUUCUACCUCCGAUUUAUAUUUAUAUUCUCAUUUCGUCACGUGCAAAAUUUAACACAAAAUAUUGUUCAGUAUUUGAAAUAAUUCAUAAGGUUUUUUAAGGUUUUAUUAAAUUAGUAACGGGACAGAAUAAAGGAAGUGAAAGUGAGGUGCAGCGCAUCGAUUCAAUAUCCAUUCGAUUUUCAAAACAAAUCGUUAGGCCAUUAAAACUGACCACAGACAAAAUGGCGGGAUUUAGCACACGGAAGCUCAAUACUCGUUUGUAAAUAAAUUAAGACAUGUGUAUCGCAAAUUGUCGUGACUCGUUCGUUGUUUAAUGUAAAUAUGCAUUUGUAUCAUGUAAGAGUAAAUUAUUUGUUUUAUUGUAAUUAAUGUAUCCAUCGCCAAUGUAAAUAUACAUACGUAAUAAACAUUAUUUAUCGGA